AUGGCCAUCGCACCGUCAGGGGUCAGCCGGCCCUCCGAACUCGCCCACCUCGUCCUCCGCACUAACAACGCCAAGCGGCUCGUCGACUUCUACACGAAUUUCCUCAACGCGCGCGUGGUGCACGGCUCGGAGCUCAUCACCUUCCUGACGUGGGACCACGAGCACCACCGCCUCGCGAUCCUGCACGACGCGACCGCGACGCCGCGGCCCGAGAACAGCUGCGGCAUGGACCACUUCGCGCUGACGUUCGACUCGCUCGGCGCGCUGCUGACGUCGUACCGCGCGCGCAAGGAGAUGGGCUUCGAGCCGGCGUACUGCGUGCACCACGGCAUGUCGACGAGCAUGUACUACCGCGACCCCGACGGGAACAAGAUCGAGACGCAGGUGGACGCGUACGAGAAGCCCGAGGACGCGGUGGCGUUCAUGAUGAGCGCGGAGUUUGCGAAGGACCCGCGCGGGCCAAGGUUCGAUCCGGACGAGAUGCUGAGGAGGUUCGAGGCCGGGGAGGACGAGAAGACGUUGAUGGUGAGGGGGGCAGUGGCGCCUGCGAGUGAGGUACAGGCUACUGCUUAG